AUGCCUGGGAAGCCAUCAGAGGAGAAACAGGUGGAGAUGGGGGCUGUGGAGAACGGCUCUGCGGAGGACCUGGGGGGCCUCACGGCAGAGGAGCUGCGGCAGGGCCAGGAAGCGGCCCUGGCGCUGGAGGACAUGAUGGCGCUGAGCGCCCAGACCCUGGUCCAGGCCGAGGUGGACGAGCUCUACCAGCAUGUGCGUCCCCUGGGCCAGGGCCGCUUUGGCCGGGUCCUGCUGGUCACCCACCGUCAGAAAGGCACAGCCUUGGCCCUGAAGCAGCUCCCGAAGGCCUCCACCACCCUCCGAGGCUUCCUGUACGAGUUCUGUGUGGGCCUCUCCCUGGGCUCGCACUCGGCCAUCGUGGCGGCCUACGGCAUUGGCGUGGAGUCAGUCGACUCCUACAGCUUCCUGACCGAGCCUGUCCUGCACGGGGACCUCAUCGCCUUCAUCCAGCCCAAGGUGGGCCUCCUGCAGCCAGCAGCCCAGCGCUGCGCGGCCCAGCUGGCCUCAGCCCUGGAGCACAUCCACUCCCGCGGCCUGGUGUACCGGGACCUCAAGCCGGAGAACGUGCUGGUGUGCGACCCAGCCUGCCGGUGGGUCAAGCUGACCGACUUCGGCCACACGCGGCCCCGCGGGACCCUGCUGCGCCUGGUGGGGCCGCCCAUCCCCUACACGGCCCCGGAGCUCUGCGGCCCCCCGCCCCUCCCCGAGGGCCUGCCCAUCCAGCCCGCCCUGGACGCCUGGGCGCUGGGCGUCCUGCUCUUCUGCCUUCUCACGGGCUACUUCCCCUGGGACCAGCCCCUGGUGGAGGCCGACCCCUACUACAAGGACUACGUCACCUGGCAGGCCUCAGGCCAGCCCCAGGCCCGUCCCCAGCCCUGGCGUGGCCUGACGCCCACGGCCGACGCUCUCCUGUGGGGGCUGCUGGACCCUCACCCCCGAAGGAGGAGCCCCGUGAGCUCCAUCCGGGACUACCUGGGGCGGCCCUGGAGGCAGCGGGAGGGGGAGGCUGAGGAGGUGCCCCAGUGGGACAAGGGGGACCCAGAGUGAGAAGCGCGGGGGCGGCCCGGGCCCCCAUCCUGAGGUCUCCUCCGCAUUCACGGGUGGCGGCUGGCUGCUCUGCCGUCUGUUGGUCUCUGUCUCACGAUCUUCCCCUUUCUGUCCUUAUGUCCCACGUCGGGGCGUCUGUCCGCUGCCUUGGUCCGGGGGCAGGGGGCCUCCGAGAGCACCCCGUGUCUGUCCACACCUGCCCACCUUCCCCGGGCCUUGGCACCCGCUGCGCCCUUUGC